AAGCACGUUCUAUUUUGGUUUGGGCUCCUUUUUCAUUUUUUUAAAUGUAUUUUCGUUGUCUAUUUUAACUGGCCCGCUUUUCCCGCGAAACUCGUCCUCCUCGCCUCACCAACCACGCCAUCAUCCUCUCCCUCUCCUUCUUCCUCUCGUCCGUCCUGCCUCUCCUUUGCCCCGCUCCUCCCGCCUCAUAUUCUUCUGUACUCUCCUCUCAUCAGGCGGGCGGAGUCUUCCCCUUUACACGUUCCCAUCAGGAGAUGGCUAGCCUUCUUCGCUGAUCUUGGAUCCCGGGGGAGAAUUUGGUGCUUCCAGGCCACCCGCUCAGGGAGGAUAAUUAGCACCCACGCAAGACUCUCUCAAUAUGCUGUGCUGUGGAGGUGUAGAGGAGGAGUUCUUCGGUCCACCGGCUAGCCAACAUGCGGCGCCCCCAAACCGGGCUGCUCCUGGUCAAGGCAGAGAUCCAAGGGGACCAGGUACAAUGAAAAGUGGGGCACCUGCAAAGGUGCUGCCGAUCGAAAUACCAGCCAUACCAUUGGCUGAGCUGAAUCGACUGACCAGUAAUUUUGGUCAGAAGGCUUUGGUCGGAGAAGGAUCUUAUGGACAAGUCUACCAAGCAACUCUGAGUACAGGAGAACCUGUUGCGAUAAAGAAGCUGGAUCCUAGUGCCUCAAAUGAUCCUGAUUCUGAUUUUGCUGCUCAGUUAUCGAUGGUCUCCAGACUCAAGAAUGAUUUUUUUCUUGAGUUGUUGGGAUACUGUUUGGAAGCAAAUAACAGGAUAUUGGUGUAUCAGUUUGCUGCAAAAGGAUCUUUACAUGACACUUUGCAUGGGAGGAAAGGUGUGCAAGGUGCUGAACCUGGUCCACUCCUUAACUGGAGCCAAAGAGUGAAGAUUGCUUAUGGUGCAGCAAGAGGCCUCGAGUAUCUUCAUGAGAAAGUGCAGCCUCCGAUUGUUCAUCGGGAUGUCAGAUCCAGCAAUGUUCUUCUCUUUGAUGAUUAUGCUUCCAAGAUUGCGGAUUUUAAUCUCACAAACCAGUCUCCUGAUACGGCGGCUCGUCUGCAUUCUACUCGAGUGUUGGGGACUUUUGGCUAUCAUGCUCCUGAGUAUGCCAUGACCGGCCAGCUGACACAGAAGAGUGAUGUUUAUAGUUUUGGCGUCAUCCUUCUGGAGCUGCUAACGGGGAGAAAACCUGUAGACCACACCAUGCCAAAGGGACAACAGAGUCUUGUCACUUGGGCGACUCCAAGGUUGAGCGAAGACAAGGUUAAGCAGUGCGUGGACCCGAAGCUGGAGAACGAUUUCCCCCCCAAAGCCGUCGCCAAGCUGGCCGCAGUAGCAGCGUUGUGCGUGCAGUACGAGGCAGACUUCCGUCCGAACAUGACGAUCGUGGUGAAGGCACUUCAGCCUCUUCUCAACACAAAACCAGGGCAGGACAACCAUCAGUGACCCACCCCUCACGUCGAUCGUGGCAUAGUUCGUUCAUCUCUCCACCUUCAUGAGAUUUUAUUGUAUAUCUACUGAUCCUGCGGAUUUUUUUGUGAAUGCGCGCACUCGUCAUGUGUCAGAGACUCGGUCUUAUUAUCUUAGACAUGAUAUUGUUGAGAUAAUCUAGAAAAUUUCUUUCUCGAGCGGAGUAUUAUGAUUAUAUCUUCGAUUCUGAUGACCCGAAAUGGCAAAGCCAGGGUCCAUAAUUUUGGCAUAUUAGGUUGGCUGGCUCUACUCUCGGGUCACAGGAUGAACAAGGCAGAAGAAAGAGUGGCGACAUGGAGGCGGCCUCGACGAGGCAGUGAACGCCAGUUUUCUUUUUUACCAUCUGGAUGGGUGGAUGUGAGGGUGAUGAGAUGUCAGCUUCCUAACAUUUGGUGCCCAAAAACGAUUCCUUGAGUAGGAACAAGAAAGAGGGUUCUUAUACCCAUGAUGAUCGGGCUUAGCUGGAUGGAUUUUGUAUCCAGCCAGUGUGCGACAUGACACAUUAUAAAAUAAAAGGAUAAAUUGAUCGCAAGACCUUAAAAUCAUGUGACAGACGGUCUUUGAUCCCAAGACUGUCAUAUUGUGUUUACAUUAAAAAUCAUGUGACAGACAGUCUUUGAUCCCAAGACCUUAAAAUCCCAAGUCUUUUCCA